UUCAGUUGAGUUUUGGUUACUGCCGCCAACGGUUUACGGGCACUCCCAGGGCACGCGUGUCGGUCUUCUAGAGGGCCUCAGCGAACGUUCGUCGGCGAUUGGCAGCAACAGCAACAGCAACAGAAGCAGAAGCAAACAUAAACAAACGAAGUGGCAGCAGUGGCAGCAGUGGCAGCAGUGGCAUGCCCCUUGGUUGACUUUCGGUGAAGCGGCUGCUAAUUGUGAUAAUGGGGCAAGUGGAAACCAAACCAAACUGUGGCCAAGUGCCGACUGGCCAAACGGAAACCGAAUUUAAGGCCGCCCUUAAGCCCCGCAAUAAAACCUAAACUUACGGAAAAUGUCAAGAAAAUUGUGCGAGUGAAUAGUAGAGAAUACGGAUACGGAUACGGAUACGGAUACUGGGAGUCGCCUCCACCCCCUCGUGCUGCCAUUCUGUGUGUGCGGUGCAGGGCAAAAAAUACACGCAAAUGCUUUUUUAGCCAAGUUUAUCUUGAGGCGAAAUACUGUACAGAAAACGAAGCAAAAAAAACACAAAUAAAUACUUGUAAAAUGGAUUUACGUUUCGUAUUCAUCGUUUUCCUGCUCAAGUGGACCCAUGCCCAAGGUUCACAUCCGCCGCGAAUAGUGGAGCAUCCCAUAGAUACGACAGUGCCACGACACGAGCCAGCGACGCUUAAUUGCAAAGCCGAGGGCAGCCCCACGCCCACCAUACAGUGGUACAAGGACGGGGUGCCGCUGAAGAUACUGCCGGGCUCCCAUCGCAUCACCCUGCCAGCUGGCGGAUUGUUUUUCCUCAAGGUUGUCAAUUCGCGUCGCGAAACAGAUGCCGGCGUCUAUUGGUGUGAGGCAAAGAACGAAUUGGGCGUGGCACGGAGCCGGAAUGCCACAUUGCAAGUGGCGGUGCUUCGCGAUGAGUUCCGCCUGGAGCCACAGAAUACACGCAUCGCCCAGGGCGAUACGGCCCUGCUGGAGUGUGCGGCACCGCGGGGCAUUCCCGAGCCGGCCGUCACCUGGAAGAAGGGGGGCCAGAAAUUGGAUUUGGAGGGCUCGAAGCGUGUACGCAUCGUCGACGGCGGCAAUUUGGCCAUUCAGGAUGCCCGACAGACUGACGAGGGUCAAUACCAGUGCAUAGCCAAGAAUCCCGUCGGGGUGCGCGAGUCCUCGCUGGCAACGCUCAAAGUCCACGUCAAGCCCUACAUCAUACGGGGACCCCACGAUCAGACCGUUUUGGAGGGCGCCUCCGUGACGUUUCCCUGCCGCGUGGGCGGCGACCCCAUGCCGGAUGUCCUGUGGCUGCGGACCGCCUCGGGCGGCAACAUGCCAUUGGAUCGCGUCAGUGUCCUGGAGGAUCGCAGCCUGCGGCUGGAGCGUGUGACCAUCGCGGACGAGGGCGAGUACAGCUGCGAGGCGGACAAUGUGGUGGGCGCCAUCACGGCGAUGGGCACCCUCACGGUUUACGCCCCCCCGAAAUUCAUCCAACGGCCGGCCAGCAAAUCGGUGGAACUGGACGCCGACACCUCCUUCGAGUGCCGGGCGACGGGCAACCCGAAGCCGACCAUCUUCUGGACCAUCAAGAACAACAGCACGUUGAUCUUUCCGGGCGCCCCGCCCCUGGACCGCUUCCACAGCCUGAACACGGAGGAGGGACACUCGAUACUGACGCUGACGCGCUUCCAGCGGUCCGACAAGGACCUGGUGAUCCUGUGCAACGCCAUGAACGAGGUGUCCAGCAUCACGUCGCGGGUCCAGCUGAGCCUCGACUCGCAGGAGGAUCGUCCGCCGCCGAUCAUCAUAGCGGGCCCCGUCAAUCAGACGCUGCCCAUCAAGUCCCUGGCCACGCUGCAGUGCAAGGCCAUAGGGCUGCCGAAUCCGACGAUAUCCUGGUACCGCGACGGGAUACCCGUGCAGCCGAGCGGCAAGCUGAACAUCACCGCGGCGGGGGAUCUGAUCAUCUCCGACCUGGACCGCCAGCAGGACCAGGGCCUGUACACGUGCGUGGCCAGCUCCAGGGCCGGCAAGUCGACGUGGAGCGGCUUCCUGCGGAUAGAGCUGCCCACCAACCCGAACAUCAAGUUCUACCGGGCCCCGGAGCAGAACAAGUGCCCGACGGCGCCCGGGCAGCCGAAGGUCCUGAACGCCACGGCCUCGGCCCUGACGAUCGUGUGGCCGACCAGCGACAAGGCGGGAGCCUCCUCCUUCCUCGGCUACAGCGUGGAGAUGUACUGCACGAACCAGAGCAAGACCUGGAUCCCCAUCGCGGCGCGCCUGAGCGAGCCGAUCUUCACGGUGGACAGCCUCACGCAGGGGGCGGCCUACAUGUUCAUCGUUCGGGCGGAGAACUCCCUGGGCUUCUCGCCGCCGUCGCCCAUCUCGGAGCCCAUCACGGGCGGGAAGCUGGUGGGCGUGCGGGACGGCAGCGACAUGGGCUCCUCCACGUCCCAGCUGCUGCUCAGCGACGUGGAGACCCUGCUGCAGGCCAACGACAUCGUGGAGCUGCUGGACGUCAACGCCAGCGACUCGACGACCGCCCAGCUCUCGUGGGACAUCGACAGCGGCCAGUACAUCGAGGGCUUCUACCUGUACGCCCGGGAGCUGCACUCCUCCGAGUACCGGAUGAUCACGCUCCUCAACCAGGGCCAGGGCCUCAGCUCCUGCACGGUGCCCGGCCUGGCCAAGGCCUCUACGUAUGAGUUUUUUCUUGUGCCAUUUUACAAGAGCAUCGUAGGAAAGCCCUCCAACUCCCGCCACGUCCGCACCCUGGAAGAUGUGCCCGAGGCGCCGCCAUACGGCAUGGAGGCCAUCCAAUUCAAUCGCACGUCGGUCUUUCUGAAGUGGUUGCCACCGCAACCGAAUCGGACACGCAAUGGCGUCCUCACCAGCUACAAUGUGGUCGUCAAAGGCCUGGAUGUGCACAAUACGACGCGGAUAUUCAAAAAUAUGACCAUAGAUGCGGCCACGCCCACACUGCUGCUGGCGAACCUCACCACGGGAGUCACCUACUACAUAGCCGUGGCGGCGGCCACGCGGGUGGGCGUCGGGCCCUUCAGCCAUCCGGCCGUGCUCCGCAUCGAUGCACGCACCCAGUCCCUGGACACGGGCUACACGAGAUAUCCCAUCAGUCGUGAUAUUGCCGAUGACUUUUUAACACAGACCUGGUUUAUCGUCCUGCUGGGCUCCAUCAUUGCCAUAAUUGUGUUUCUAUUGGGGGCAUUGGUGCUCUUCAAGCGCUAUCAAUUUAUCAAGCAGACCUCGCUGGGCAGUUUACAUGGCAAUCACGCAAUCGGAACCGUGCGAAAGUUUCCAACAUUGCCGCUAAAUGGAGGCGGACCUGGCGGCGGUGCCGUCGGCUCAAAUUCGACAUCAACCACCGGCCCCAAUGGCCUCUGGAUCGAUCCCAGUGGCGGUGUUUGGCGACAGGCCACCGGGGGAGCAGCUGCUGGUGGCGCCGCGACAAAGGAGCAACUUCCGGGAUACGCACAGGCCACCGCCCAACAGGGACAACAGCCCACGCUCCUGCCUGAUUACGAGAGACUCUCGCCAUUGAAUAUGCCCGAUUAUGCGGAAGUUGCAUGUUCAACAUUCAAAAGCCCCACCCAUGGCGGUGCCCCCGGCGGCAUGGGUUCAUCAUCCCUGUACGACAGCUGUGGGGCCUAUGCCACCACCAAUGUGGUGGCCAAUGUCAAGCUCUACCAGAAUCGCUAUGCAGCCAAGCCCCAGCCCCAGCCCCAGCCCCAACAACACUCCCAGUCGCAGUCGAACAACAACAACAAUCAGAGCAACAAUGACUAUCAAUCGACUGGCAUGUACUCGGCCCCGCCCAGCGCCCACUACGGAUGCCUCGACCAGAAGCAGCAGCAGCAGCAGCAACCGAAUCUGAUGACAACUUCGACGGCCUCCACGGCCAUAAUGACGGGCUCCCCGGCGAAGCUGAAAAAGAUCAACAUCACGGAGAACAAAAUGGAUCAAAUGGAAUGCAAGACGAACCAGCAGGAGCGCACGAAUCCCUUCAACCAGCAGCAGCAGCUGCUCCUGGCCAGCAAUGCCCUCAAACAGGGUCUGGGCGCCUACGCCAACACCACGCUGGCGGCCCAAAUGGCCAGCGGCGGAGGAGCGGGCACCCUGAGGCGCCAACGGCAGCCCAAGACGCUCUACAAGAGCGAGAACAACAUACUGGGCAAGGCCGCCGGCAUGCGGCAUCCCAUCCAGGUGAACAACGGAAACAUGGAUUUCCUCACCGGUGGCCCCCCCAUGAAUGCCGAGAACCUGGAGGCGGGCGACUUCUCCGGCCUGGGGCUGUGCAACUCCACCAAUCAACUGCUCAACGACUGGGCCUCGAGCGCCUCGAUCGCCGCCGCCGGGGACUAUCAUUUCGGGAGCAAGCAGCCCAGCAAACAGCAUCUCUACGUGAAGGCCAAGGACGGGACCUGGUCGGCCGUCAGCUCGGAUGCGUACCAGUCCUUCAAGCAGCAGCAGCAUCAUCACCAGUUCCUGGCUGGUUCAGGUGACAACAACAAGUCCUUAGCUAGUGUCAACAGCUUAGCUGCUAGCGAUAGCAAGUUCAUGAGUAGUUUCGGCUCCACGGCCAAUGUCUAGGCCUAGUCCAGGGACACUCGAUUGCUCAAUACGAUAAAAAUUGGUAAGAAAAAGUUGUGAAAUUUCGCCCUGAGAAAUACACAGGCCUGCAGUUGGUUUUUGGGUUGUGGAAGGGAGUCUUAGAGGGUCUACACGAUUGGAGGUUGGUGACAGUAAGAAUCGAAGGAAAUACUAGUAGCCGUUGGACACUUAGCAUAUCUCGAGAAUAAAUGUUGAGACUAGACAAACUUAAGCCUCUAAAGAGAUCAAAUUACAUAGGGAUAUAUUUCUUUCCCCUAUGACCUUUGGAAAAAUACAUAAUCUUGGGUAUUUAACAUAUUUUCCAUAGAAAUAUCGCAAGCUGCAGCUAAUUUCAAUAGAUUCUGUGAUGUAAUCGAACCCCAUAGCCAACCCAGCACCCCUACCAUAUCUAGAGAACUGUUGAGACCACCUCCUUAUAACCAGUAUUAUCAAGAGCCCUAGAACAACUUAGAAUUCCAACAAAAUCCACUGCAAAGAAACCCAAAAAAAAGUAAGAAAAAAAAACAACGAAAAGUAUGUAAAGAAAUACAGAAAAAACCCCCAGAAAUAUUGGCUUGUAAAUAAUACCAACUAAAUACUUAAUAUCUUAAUCCCCUAAAGCAUAUAGAAUAUUGCAAAAAAAAUAUAAUAUUAAUUUACACAAAAAUCAACUCAAAAUAGCACCGAAAAGUAGUUAAAGUAAGUGAAAAAGUUCAUAAAUAAAAUAUAAAAUAGAGAGAUUUCCCACAGAGAAAAAAAGUUAAAGCCAAACGAGAAAAUACCAAAAAACCCUAACGAAAAGAAAUACUAAAACACUGCACGAAAGAAACCACAAAUUGUGUGAAGAGUAAGGAUUAAAAAGGACACCUACCUACACCUACACGCAGAAUAAAAGCUAAAUAAAUGCUAAUAAUAAGGCUGUUAAAUGUAAAAUAUCAUAAAUGAAUAAAUCCCGCAUUUAAACCGUGUAAUUAAAGCAUUAAAAUGUGUAAUUAACUGACAACUAGAUUUAGUUCGACUAGCUAAAAGGGGCGAAACCAGAAGAGGAUUACAGCGACAAAUAUUGCUAAAUCGCUGCAUAAAGAAAAAAACAAACAAAAACAUAAAUUAAAACUAAUCAAUUAAUUGAUAAAUUAUGCAAUGAGAAAAGGCCUAAAAAUAAAAAUAAAGACAAAAAUAAUAAAC